AUGUCCACCGAACUGGCUCCUGAGGUCUCCCUCACCCCUGAUUCGGCCGAAGCGGCUCUGCCAGCCAAGCCCGAGCAUCGCGGCCCCUCUGAGAUUGUGCCAAACCUUUUGAUUGAUGACUUUAAGGAGAAACAGAUCCGGCGCGGUGUCUUGAUACCCCUCAAGACAACGCAAGAGGUUCGACAAGAUCAUACCAUCACCCAUGCAUACAUCACACGAGCACCUACCAGGCAGGCCAACGAUGUCAUCACGGCCUUGCGUAACAUGCGACCAGAUGACAAUAGCGCUAACCCCCUACCUCAUCUGCGACGAUGUUCUAAGCCUGGUGAUCUGCCUGCCCACCUUAAAACCCAGUUCAUGAAUGACACUGCUGUGGGCCGCCAGAUUCAUACAGCGAAGUCGACUUGGAUUUACAUCAUCAUCGGAGAAGUCAAGGACUUCACACAAGAGGAGCUCACCGAAGUUUUAUCUAUCAUCGAGGGCGACGAGGGCGAGCUCUUCAUUGAAAAGAUCCCCAUCCCCCUGCUUGCGCCAACAUCACAAGUACAAGCAGCCAUGUGGUCUUCACAGUUUUGGCCCACCGUAUAUCGGAAGAACAACCCCUUAGGACCACACCCUAGUAUAGUAGCCCGGGGCACUGAAGAUAUCAAGGAUGACAGUUCUGUUUGGAUGGCACUAGCCCAUCGUGUUGCUUUACAAGCUAAAGAAACCGGGAUCGGCGAAGCUAUCGGAGCUGUAAUCGUCCAGAGAGAUGGUGGAAAAGUCGAACUGGUCGGGGUUGCGGGAGACGCUCGCUGGCACCAGGAGUGCGGCCCGUUGGGGGGUACCAGCAACCCUAUGACACACUGCGUUGUCCGUGCUAUCAGCAUGGUGGCUCAGAAGCUUGUUCGACAUGAGAGACGAGCUGCUGGCCUCCCUUUUAACCCACCCAAUCUCGAUUACGAUGCAUUCCAGGACGGACCACUCCUUGAGAUUGAGAAGAAGUGCUUUGUACAGGAGCACCCGAACAAGGACGGCUAUCUCUGUCAUGGCCUUGAGCUUUAUGUCACUCAUGAGCCCUGCGUAUCAUGCUCUAUGGGCAUACUCCAUUCUCGAAUGGGCAAAGCUGUCUUUGCCACGCACAUGCCUCGCAGUGGAGGAUUGAGCUCAGAUGAUCGUCCGGAUGGGGGUGGAAGAGGAUUGGGACUCUUCUGGAGACGAGAGCUCAACUGGAGCUUGAUGGCUUGGGAAUGGGAACGUGACGGCGUGCCCAACUUGCCUCCUCUUGAUCCCAUCACUCAUGUUUAG